UUCAAUUAAAGAAGGUCUUUCUCAAACUUCCUACUACUGAUCUUUUACGUGUAGUCUAAUGGCGGGGCGCUUUUUCGCCUGGCUGUCUGGGGCGGUUUCCGGGCUCCUCAUCUGCUCCAUUCAGAUUUAUGCAUCUGUAUUAUAUUAUGUGGUGAAUGAUUCACGACACAGACAUGAUUUCUUUCAUUUCUAGUGUGGGUCAUUUUACCGAUGAUACACUCGUUUGAUUUGUUUUUUUGUUUUUUUUUUUUUUUUGUAUGGUUAGGUUGAAGAUGAAGACUCGUUGUACGAGUGUAUGUGGUGUUAAUUGUUUGUAACAUUUUAUGGUGAAUAAAUUGAAUUGAAUUGAAAAUUGAAUUGAAUAAACGGAUUUGAUAUAGCGCUAUAUAAUAUCGAGUACAGUCAAACCUGUGUAAGUGACAACUGGGUAAGCGAGAAAACUCUUUAAGUGAGUGGAAUUGCCUGGUCCCGUCAUUUUUAGCCCCUAAAACCUCUAUGUGUGAGAAAUAGAAGCCUCUAUAAGAGAAAGUCGUGAACCGCCAGAUAUAUUUGUGUUCGAACCUCUAUAACUAAGACUGCUAUUUGUCUAUAACUCUAUAAGCGAGAGUCUGGCAUGGAGGUAGUUCCCCGAAAACAUAAACACAUGUUUUCGGGGAAUUACCUAACAUUGUCUUUGUGGAAAUCUGGCCCUCACUUUUGAUACAAUCGAUGUAACUACCUUACCCCAGUUGACAUCAAGUGCUAAGAAAGCUUAAGUCUAGCGCAAUGUCUAAAAGAAAAAUCCGAGUUUUAUCUCUGAGUGAAAAACUUAAGAUCGUGAAUGCGUUUGAGUGUGGAAAAUCGCGUAAUGAAAUUCAGAGUGAGUUUGGUCUACCAGAAUCAACCUAUUAUAAAAUUAUCAAGUCAAGAGACUCUUUAAAGUCUCAGUGCUCUGAAGGACACGGAAAUAUUAAGAGGAGUCGACAUUCCGAGUUCCCCGACAUUGAAAACUGCCUUUUAGAAUGGAUCAAACAAACCCUUAACAAGAACAUCCCCAUAGAUGGACCCCUGUUGAAACAAAAAUCUAAAGACUUUGCCACAAGAUUGGGAUAUCAGAACUUUUCGGCUAGUAAUGGCUGGUUAGAAGGUUUUAAAAGACGUCAUGAUAUAGCUUUCAAAAAAGCCGCUGGAGAAAGUAGAUCUGUAGACCAAAGCGUGUGUAACCGAUGGACUGAAGAACUGCCAAGUCUCUUGAAGGGGUAUGAUCCAAACGACAUUUACAAUGCGGAUGAGACACCUCUAUUCUUCAAGUGUCUUCCUGAUAAAACAUUCACAUUUAAGGGCGAAAAAUGUCAUGGAGGUAAACAAAGUAAGGAACGUCUUACUAUUCUUCAAUGCGUUAACAUGACCGGUACUGAUAAGCUACCUCUUUUAAUGAUAGGGAAAUCAAAACGACCUAGAUGUUUCAAAGGUGUCAAGACUUUACCUGUUGAUUAUGCAAGUAACACAAAAGCUUGGAUGACCAAGAUAUUAUUCAAGGAUUGGUUGAAAAACGUCGACAAGAAAAUGAUGAUGAAAAACAAAAAAAUCCUGCUUUUCAUUGACAACUGUGCUGCCCACAAUGACUUACCAACAUUCGAAAACGUAAAAGUCAUGUUUUUGCCUGCCAACACCACCAGUCAACUUCAACCUUUAGAUCAAGGUAUCAUUCACACAUUCAAACGCUUUUACCGCAGAGAAGUUGUUCAACACACCCUUACGUGUCUCGAAGCAAGCAAUAACCAUGAUAUUGACGUACUCCUAGCCAUGAAAUUUGCAAGGAAAGCAUGGUACAAAGUAAGUGACGUUACUGUCAAGAACUGUUUCGAGAAGGCUGGAUUUUGUAUCAGCACAGAUAAACAGGAAUUUAUACCUGAGGAUAAUGAAGUUGAAGCUGGACCUAGCAAUGAGGAUUGGGCCAAGCUUGUGUGUCACGAAUAUACUGGUGAUGUGUUAACGCCAACCUUUGAAGACUUUGUACAAGUUGACGACCUCCUGGCUACCGCUGGAGAAUUUACCGAUGACGAUAUCGUGCACAAUUUCGCUACAACGUGUACUGACGGAAAUGACAGUGAAGAUGAAGCCGACCAAUUGCAGACUUUGGAUACAGAAGUAAAAAACAUUCCAAAGAAGCAAGAAAUUUUAAUUGCACUGGAGAAUAUACACAAAUUUUUUGAAUACUCUGCGGUUGUUGAUAAAACAAUAUUCGAUAAUAUUUACGAAUUAGAAAAGCAUGUUCACAAUUUGAAUACGGAAAAACAGAAGAAAAUAACAGAUUUUUUUAAAUAGAUGUGCGAGGUUCAUUAUUUUUUAUUUGUAAGAAAAAACAACAGAUUUUUUUUUAAAAGAUGUGUAAGAUUCAUUAUUUACUAUGUAUUUGUAAGAAGAAAAUUAAAGAUUUCUUUGAAUAAA